GAGGAUAUCGUGUUUCUGGCAACGGACAUCACACUGCCGGGUGCUGUGGAUUGGGUCAUGAUGCAGUCUUGUUUUGGCCAUAAUUUCAUGCUGGUUCUGGAGAAACAGGACCGCGUGCCAGACCAGCUCUUCUUCGCCUUGGUUCUCCUCAUUGGCACCAAAAAACAGGCAGACAAUUUUGUGUACAGACUCGAUUUGACCGCCCCGACGCGCCGGCUUACCUGGGAGGCAACUCCACACAGCAUUCAUGACGGCGUUCAGGCGGCGAUUACUAUCUCCGAUUGUCUCGUCUUUAACUCCAACACUGCGCAGUUAUUUGCAGAAAACGGCAGCCUCGGCAUUAAUGUGACAAUUUCAAAGGUUCGCGGUUCCUGGUGA